AUGCCCAGUGAGUCUUCCUCAUUGUUACUAUCUGCACGCACCUACUCCUACCUCUUUUCGGAGCCCAGCCGCAUGGCCGGGAUAGUCCAACCUUACCCCAGCUGGAUGGAGGCUGACCAUGCUGAUGACCUGCAGUAUGUGUUCGGCAAGCCCUUCACAACACCCCUGGCAUACUGGCCCAGCCACCGUGACGUCUCCAGAUACUUGAUUGCCGACAGGACCAACUUCGCCAGGACUGGAGACCCCAACAACGGGGAGUCGAAGGUGCCUGUGACCUGGCCUGCAUACACCACCUCUGGGCAAAAGUACCUGGAGAUCAAUGCCCACAUGAACAAGAACUACGUCCAUGAGAAGAUGAGGGUGCGCUUUGUGAACUGGUGGUCUAACAUUUUUCCCAGCCUGCCCUCCGUCUGAGGAAGCUCUCACUGAGCACAGGCUCCCUGAUGCAUCAUUCACAGCUAUACAAAUUGGUCUUGUCAUGUCACAAAUGCAAGUAUUACCAGAUGCAUUUCUGAUUGUAACAAUUUUUUUCAUUGGCAAAUUAAAUUAAUGCAAUUAAGAAGUC